GGCUGCGGACACAAGGACCCAUUGAGUAAUGCAGGAAAGUCACGAUAAACAGUAACUAUAAUACAUUACUACCGCCUGACCGUGAAUCAUAGAGAAAGAGAGAGAGAGCGAGCGUGGAUUUUGUCGCAUAAUCAAUGAUAUAUGUAGUUUAUGUAACGUGUUAUUCAGGGUUACUUAUAAAGCGAGCAUGUGAUAUAUAAAUUAUAUUACACACAGGUACAUAUACAGGUUUCAUAUUCUGUUGGAACGACUUGAAAUAGAAUCUAUUUUAAACGUACAGAGAUCAUAAUAUAAAGACGAAACUGCGUCUGCGCACGUGACUAACUGUACACAAAUGUUUUGAAUGAACAACCUUUUUCAUCAUUCAUUGUAAUUGGCUAUAUUUAGAUCUAUCUAUUUUUAAAAAUAAAUGUUAUUUAGGUCUAGAAAAGUUUUCUUUUUUAAACGACCUAGUGAUCAUAUUUAUGAAAUUAUGAUAUAAAUAAUUAUAUAUAUAUAAACAUCAAUUAGAACUUGUAAAAUCGUCUCAAACUUUCCUUUGACUUUUAAACCACUCUCCCCACGAUCCACCUAUUCAUUAUUUGACCUUUCACCUCAUGCGUCAUGUGAUCGGGUGAUACUGAAAAUGGUGGAAUGACUGCAAACACAGCUCAGAUCACAGGUGAUAUCACUUGGCCUAACGUUAGUGUGUGUGUAAAUACGGUGUGUUUUGAUACCUGCUUCGUGAUAUCAAUUGUUAUCUAGGAGAGAAUCCUUAAAGGUGUGUAAUGAUGAUUGAGGCCUGCUAACAGAGCGUUGGUAGGGAGAGGUGAAGUCACCACAGAGUAUGAGUUACUUCAGCUAUGUGGGCAGAAUCUUCUCCAACGUCAAAGGUUUCUACAAUGAGAUCAACGCAGCUACGCUAACCGGUGCUAUUGAUGCCGUCAUCGUUAAACAGGAAGAUGGGUCUUAUCUGUCCUCCCCGUUCCACGUCAGGUUUGGGAAGUUGGGGGUCCUUAGAGCUCGUGAAAAAGUGGUUGACAUAGAAAUCAAUGGGGUGCCGGUGGAGAUGCAGAUGAAGCUUGGAGAGUCGGGGGAGGCAUUCUUUGUGGAGGAACUACCGGGGGAGGAGAACGAGGAGGAUUUUCCUUCCUACUUGGCCACUUCCCCCCUGCCGUCGACCUCUGACCUGAUGAUGGAGGGGGUGAAGGAGAUGAAGCAGGAGUAUCUGAACACAGCAGGGAACACAAUCCAGGUGAUUCCUCCGCAGACUUCCGAGAGCAAUAUCAGCAUCAUGAUAGAGGAUGAGGAUAGCAGGAAGAAGAAAGUUCGCAGGAAGAAGCGCCCUGUAAGGCGGACCUCCUCCAGCGAAGACACCUCUAAGAAGGCUGUUGAAAAGUCUGGAGAUGAGAUAUUCAAUAUGGAUGAUGUCUCCACGGAUGAUGAACUGGCCAAUCUUGAGAUGAGAAAACCAAACGUGUCUCCACGGUUGGGAAAGUCUGUUAGCCUGUCAAUGAUGGACGAGACCCAAGAAAGUCGUCUGGAGAGAACCAGUCAAUGGGCUCUGUCUCAGUAUUCUUUUGGCCACCCUUUUAGUGAUACAGACAUGUCGCCUUUAGCUAGCCCAGCGAACACUCGGCCCCCCUCCCCUAAAAGUGACACAGAGGUGGACCGUCAACGACAAGGAGAGGUAGACCAAUCGAUUUUGUCUGAGGAGGACAGCACGAUGUGGGAGUGGGGAGACCUGCCCCGCCGCUCAGAGCACAAGGUGUUGCCCAUCGAAUCCGGCAAUAAAGAGGCAGGAGCUAAAAACGGAGAGUCCCAAGAAAAUAAGGGUUUGUUCAAGUUCAUGAAGAAGACAAAAGCUGUGCGACACAAGCCGGAGGGGGAGGGGAUCUACCUUGAUGACUUAAAUCUAGAGGAGAUGGACCCAGAGGUGGCCAAGUUGUACUUUCCUAAAAGAUUUCACAGCAACAAGUUUGUAUCAAUCAAAGAGAGAACAACAGAUCAGGAUGAAGAUACGGAGUCAGGGCGUGGACCUUCACUUCCUGUCUCUCCACACUCGGUAGAGGGCGCUAUUGGGGGCCCACCAGGGGUCAGCUUCCUGAAGUCAGAGGUUCAGCACCUGGGUAAUUACUCGCUGUCCCUGUGUGGGGGGCUGAGUGACCCAGAUGGUGUGAACCUCGAGAAGUUCAUGACCCACAUUGUAACAUUUGGAGAUCUAUGCGAGAACUUCAACAUGAUCACAAAUCCUGACCUUGUGGUCCGCAUUGGAGAAAACUAUUACAACUGGCAAACAGCUGCUCCGAUUAUACUGUGCCAGGUCUGCUUUGAGAAGGAUCUGCCAGAGAAAAGUAUGAAUGACCUGAUGAAAGAACACAUGCCUAAAAAGAAAACAAAGAAGGGGGGCAUGUCUUCGUGGUUUUCAUGGCGUCGGACAACAUCAGAUACCUCUAACCCUGCAUCAGCUGCCAGUCCUGAGACAGACGUACACACUACUAAAUCGGCCGAGAGCUCCGCUUCCAUGACUCCACCAGUCAGUCAACCCGGAAGUCCUCGCAAAUCACAGCGCAGAAUCACAGACGAGAGUCAGAAGAGUGAGUGUAAUGACACGUCCUGUGAUGACCUUGACACAGAGGACUCUGACCCAAGUGGUCAGUCAGCUCAGCCCAACUCAGAGAGUCCCCUUAGCAGUAAACCCAUCGAUGUCAAGCCCUCUAAGGAGAAGUUCAAAAAGACCCUCCGAUUAUCCUCAGAUCAGAUAAAAAAGCUCAAUUUACACGAGGGUCAGAACGAGAUCUCCUUCUCGGUGACGACGCAAUUCCAGGGUACAACGCGGUGCACAUCACACAUCUACCUGUGGAGAUACGAUGAUAAAAUCGUGGUCUCGGAUAUUGAUGGCACAAUCACCAAGUCUGAUGUUCUGGGACAAAUUCUCCCCAUCAUUGGGCGUGACUGGUCCCAGUCAGGCGUGGCUCAGCUGUUCACACACAUCAAUAACAAUGGUUACAAGUUCUUGUACCUGUCGGCUCGGGCCAUUGGUCAGUCCAAGGUGACCAAGGACCUGCUAAGGAGCAUUAAGCAGGAAUACCAUGUACUACCAGAUGGGCCAUUGCUUUUGUCACCAACAUCGCUAGUCAGUGCUUUCCACAGGGAGGUAAUUGAACGUAAGCCGGAGGACUUUAAGAUAGCCUGCCUGCGCGACAUUGGGGAGCUGUUUACAGAUAGCCAGCCAUUCUACGCAGGAUUUGGCAACAAAAUCAAUGAUGUAUAUGCAUACAAAGCAAUAAAUAUUCCUACCAUAAGAAUAUUUACAAUCAACCACCGUGGGGAACUGAAGCAAGAAUCUUCCUACACAUUUCAAUCCUCGUAUUACAGUCUGACAGAAAUUGCGGAUCAUUUCUUCCCACCACGGGAACGGCUGGGAGUGUACGACAGCCACUACAGCACAGUGAGAUACUGGAGGGAUCCACUUCCCAAAGUGUUAGACCAGGAAAUCUCCAUAGUUGAGGUGGGAAAGAAAGAAGAGAAAUGACAACUACCAGCCAUAGAUAAGCAGUCUGUCUCCGCCCCAGUAGAUGUGCCCCGGGCCACGCCCCCCAGAAAGAGUAUCCUUCAGAGUAACAACAGCUACGAUCUCCUGGAGACUUUUUCUGAAAGUGACUCCGAUGAGGAACGGAAAUUGAAACUAGCUCUGGAGCCGAGACGUGAAUUUCAGAAGACUGGGAAGUAUUGGAUUAUGCCCUUUAGUCUCUAUAUGUAAAAAUUAGAAAACUUCUCUACAUUUAAAAGUUUUUAUAUUGCUACAUGUAAUAGUUUGAGGAUCUUCCAGUAAAAACUCCCCCUACUUCUAUUUACAAUGAAACUUGUUUAAAGUAGAUUACAUUAAGAAAAGAAAAUUGAAAAGUUAAGAAAAUAUCUAGAAUACAGGCUAUGUCUUAUAUUAUGAAACACGAUUUAUUCUGUCACUUCUAAUUGGUCGAGAGUACAAGUAAUUUCUGUUAAGUACCUUGCAGUAUCAGGAAAUUUCCUCUGGUCCGUAGAAAUUGGUGCCAGUCUUGGUGUAUUCAGAUUACAAAAGAUCUACUUUAUUUGAAUUACAAAAUAUCUGCUUUAGGCAAGUUAAUCUGUACUGAAAGUAGUAAGUCAUGAAAAUUAACUCUCUGUUUUCCUGAUUAAGUUGAGAAAAGUUGGUGUUAAUCUUUUUACUGUAAGUCACAAUUUUUUGUAUUAAAAGAUAACUAUACAUUUGUCUUAGUGGGGUAUUUCCUAUGGAAAAAAAAAAUCAUUGUUUUUACAUUUUUGUGGGUUUUUCUUUUUGUUAGAGAUUUGGCAAUCUCAUAUUUUUUUUUUCAAAGUUAGGGAUUAUUGUGGUGUGUUUUUUUCUUCUUGGAGAGUUGAAUUAGGUUGCAUAUUCCCAGUGAACUAACAAGAAACACUGUUUGUCUAUGGUAGUAUUUUUGCAUUUAGCCUUUUUUUUUUUUAGAUACAAUGAAAGGGAACAAGAUUUAUUUGUACAUGUAUAUGUUUUUGCAAUUCAUCAAACAGUUCAUGAAAAAUGGAAAUGGCUGUCUGUCACAUAAAUUAGGCAGCUGAGAUUGAUUCUUUGGGAGUUAAUUGAUGUUAAUUAUUUGUCCUCUGUGAUGGAAAUGUGGUACAUGUAUUAAUGAUAUACUACAAUAUUGCAUGUCAGUCUGUAUGCAUCUUGAUCCGUGCAUGUGUGUCACUGGGGUAUCAAAUUUAGUGAACAAUUUUAUAUAUGUGUUCAGUUUAGAGGGUUUUCAAUUGAUCCCCCGUGUUUUCAAUUUUUUCUUUGUAACUGUUUUGUUCUAUUAUAUGUUUAUUUUAAGUUUAAUUUGUGAUGUGAUAAAAAGCUGCAAGAUUUAGCUCACAGAUUUCCUAUAAUUUCUAAGUGUUCCCAAUGAUCUCCUUAAACUAACACUGGUAUUUUCCAUGCACUUUUACUAACAACUUUACCCAACAAAAUUGUUUAAGAAUUGUUACACAAAACACAUAUAUAUUUACUUCUGUAUAAUUAAACGUUUGCUAUAUGCAUUCCCCGGCAGGCACAAUGCCUAUGAACUAGUCUUUGUGAUUACUCAGGUGUGAUAAUAAAAUGUGAUUUAUUUAAAGAAUCUAAUCUAAGGUUAAAGGUCAAAUAAGGAAGAUGUUUUACUGUGUAUUGAAAUUUUAUAAAUGUGAUUUACAAGUCAGAAAUGCAUAAUGUGAUGUUAUGUUUGAUACAUAUGGAAAACAAUGUUAUUUGUUUGAGUGAACCAUAUGAUGUAGUAGAUUGGAUGAUUAGGAAAAGUGUGUUGUGUAGGAAUUUCAAAGUCGGUGAAAAAGUCCCUUUACUAGCAGAGGGAGGGGUUUUGUGGAAAAGUAAGUAACGAGGUGCUAAUUAAUGUCAUUUUCUGCCAAGUUUUUAUUGAACAGUGUGAUAAAAUAAAAUUCGAGAGGAAUAUAGUAAAUAACCAAAUACGAGUAAGCAUUCUAGAUGGAGUUUGGCAUUGGUAUGGUCAUAAUUUCUAUUGGAGGUGUGAUAGGAAAUGUCUAGCUGAUGUUUUAACAUAUUUACAAUUCCAUUGUGAGCUCUGUGGGAUUCUUACAAUAGCAUUAUGGUGGAAAAAGUGUAACACAGCAGGUGGCAUGAAACAAUCGGAUUUAGAAUUUUGUCCAGACUCUGGUGCAUUUUCUUUAUUUAGACUUGGUAUUUCUUGGCUACAUGUUGUAAAUAUCGAUGAGUGCCAUGAGUUUUGUUUUUAAUUCUGAAUAUGAAGUACCUGGAUGGUUUUUAGUUGAGUUUUGUGUCCUGCAGACACCUGUAUAUACAGUGGAUGAAUGAUAUAGCACUGCCUCUAAUAGAGGUCAUGUGCUCACCUAUGGUGCCUUGUUUGUCCACAAAUAUCUCUAAAUUUGUGAAAAUUUAAGGCAUGCUUUGAACCAAGGAUUUAGUAGAUAGUGUGGUGGAUCUAGGUUAUAUGCAAAUCCAGAGUUUUAAGUUUUCUUUUUCUGUUUUAGAGAGAAUGUUAUUAUCAGUUACAAAUACCUUACAUCUGGAAAUUUUUGUGUCGGUAUAUUUUUGCAAAAUUGGGACAAAAUGCUAUAAAUUCAUUAUUGUCUCCAAAUUUUGGGAAUCACUAUUUUGUUCCUAAAUGACGUGAUAAGUAUUUGUUAAUGAUAUUUUAUUUUUGCGAAAAUAAUUUUAUGAAUUCAACAGACCAAGAAAAUUGUUUAAAACUGAGUAACUUGUACACUAGAAAUAACUUUAUUUAUUAAAUUAUGUUACAGUGUUGCUUUGAACAAAUGUUCUCUGACUCUUUUGACAUGCACAUGCAAGAAUGAAACGUUUGAAAAUGUUGUACAUUAUAAAUCAUGUUGUUGAUCAAAUCAUUUGUAGAUUGUAUUCAAUUGAAAGUCUUCGUCUGGUGCAUGUCCAUAUCUAAUAAUCUAAUUUUGUUCCUACAUAUAUUGUUCUUGUGAUAUGAUUUAUGUUGGAGAGUGUCUCACAUUAUUUAUUUGAGAAUAAACUCCUUUUGUUGAAAAUAAA